AUGAAUAAUAAGGACAAAUUUGCCAAUUAUAAAGCCAAAGUUAAUGAUGUUAUCUAAAAUAUGAUCUAUGAAUUAUUCAAAAAACAACCAGAAAAUUAUGUAACUUAAAUAUUUAAGUUAGAUUGAUUGGAUGAUUGAAUAUUUAGAAGUAAGAAGAGCUAAACAUCAUGUUAAAGCAACACAAAGUUAAUAGAUUACAUAUCACAUUUCCUCUGAGGAAGAAAAUCAAGAUGAUGUAGAUGAAAUGGAAAAGACAAUAAAAAAAGAAUAACAAUUUCGUACUUCUGUAAGUGCUGAAGUUUAUGGUCUUUACAAUAAAAAAGAAGACUUUAAGCCUAGAGUCAUACCUAAAUCAUAAGAUCUUAGAGAAAGAAUAGAAAAUAAAUUGAAUGGUGUAUUUAUGUUCCAAGCACUUGAUUAAAAUGAAAGAAACAUUAUUAUUGAUGCUAUGGAAGAAAAACAUUUCAAUCCUGGAGAUUGGAUCAUAAAUCAAGGUGAUGAUGGCAAUGAAUUAUAUGUUGUUGCAUAAGGUCAAUUAGACUGUUUCAGAAGAUUCUCUAAAGAUUAAGAACCAAAAUUAAUAAAAUAAUAUUAAAGUGGAGACAUGUUUGGUGAAUUGGCUCUACUAUACAAUGCACCAAGAGCAGCCUCCAUUUAAUCCAAUACUGAAUCAGUACUCUUUGCAUUAGAUAGAUCUACAUUUAAUGCUAUUGUUAAAGAAGCAACUAUAAAAAGAAGAGAACAUUAUGAAGAUGUAUUAUCUAAAGUUGAAAUACUUAAAUCUAUUGACUCUUAUGAAAAGACUCAAAUAUGUGAUGGAUUAAAAGAAUAACAUUUUAAAGCUUAAGAUUAUAUUAUUAAAGAAGGAGAAGAAGGAAAUAAAUUCUAUAUUGUGGUUAAAGGAACUUUGAUUGCACUUAAAUAAAAUGAAGAAGUUCUCAGAUAUUAAAGUGGUGACUAUUUUGGUGAAUUAGCUCUUCUUAAUUAAGUACCAAGAUAAGCCACUAUUUAAGCUGAAGUAAAUAACAUUUUUUAUUUUAGACUGAUAGUGUUGUUGUAUAUUUAGAUUAUCAAGCUUUUAUAAGACUAAUAGGACCUAUUGAAAAUAUUUUGACAAGAAAUGCAGAGAAUUAUAAGAAAUUUGUAAAUUGAC